AAACGGCUCCGUCGGGUUGAACUUCAUUCGACUUUGCUCGUUCAAAGAAGGAAGUGUAACCAUGAGUGGAAGGGGCAAAGGUGGCAAAGGACUCGGGAAAGGAGGCGCCAAGCGUCACCGUAAAGUUCUUCGUGAUAACAUCCAGGGCAUCACCAAACCCGCCAUCCGUCGUCUGGCUCGCCGUGGCGGAGUGAAGCGCAUUUCUGGUCUGAUCUACGAGGAGACCCGUGGUGUGCUGAAGGUAUUUCUGGAGAACGUCAUCCGUGACGCCGUCACCUACACUGAGCACGCCAAGAGGAAGACCGUGACCGCCAUGGAUGUGGUGUACGCUCUGAAGAGGCAGGGCCGCACUCUGUACGGCUUCGGCGGUUAAAUUCAUUCGCCCUAACCCAUCAAACGGCUCUUUUAAGAGCCACACACUUCACCUUAAGGGCUUUGUUCUGUGAUCUUAUUUUAUUUAUAGUUUUUUUUUUUUUUUUUUUUUUUUUUUUUUUUUGUGUGUGUGUUUUAGAGGAAUGUUCUGAGAAUUUCAGCAAAAUACCUGCCAGUAUCUCCCCACCGACUUCUGAAGUACUAUGUUAUAACUUAAUUACUGACUGAGACACCCAUUAUAUUAUAUCGACUCUUCGUUUUGCUAUAGGCUCUAAGAUUAAGGUGUUUAUAAUGCGUGCUUUUCUUUAUAAAAAGUCAAUAAAUGACUUGACCACAAACUGAACUUCAGAGGUUACAGACCUAUUCAAUAUCACUGUUUAUUAAUACUCACCUAUAGCAGGAGUGUGAACCAAUAGAUUUCACUUUAUUUGUAAAUGUCUUCCUGCCAGAAAUUACUUAAAGUAAAAGUGCUUUAGGUUUGUGUUUUUUUUUUUUUUUUUUUUUUUUUUUUUUUUUUUUUUUAAUAACCAACCCACCUUUGAUCUAGUAGAGUAGGUGGACAUGAGUAGACAAAGCCCAAUGAAGCUUUUGAAACCUCUUCCUGAUGUGUGCCUGAAAUAUUUUCACCAAUAAUAUCAAUGUAACAGUUUU